UGGUAUGAGCUCAAUAGAAUAGCACUGUGGUUGCAAAAAACAUUUCCAAUUUAAGCUCAAAACGUAAUACGCAGCAGGUGCAAAUAGACUUACAAAACCACACUUUUAACAUAAAACCCACGGCGUGUCUAAAUAUAACAUCUUAACUCACCCUGACCGAGGGAAGGCGCACUUUUGUGGAAGGAAUCUUCUCACCUCAUCAUCCCACUCAUCUUUGAAUUUCAGCCUCAGAAAUAAAGUCUCUGCUUCACUUCACACAGUCCAAACAGGGGUUCAUGCAGGACUUAACUGGAGACAGCAGGGAUCACAGCAGCACUGAGAUAAUUAAGGACAAAUUGCACCACCAGCACUGAAACCCCCCAAACUGCAUCCUGCUGGUGCCCCAUCUCCUGCCUGUCAAACACCCAUGGAGAACUUCAACACCUCAAUCCUCUACAUCCAUAAGCCAUCGAACAGCAGCAGUGGGAGGGGUGACCUUACCUUGUACGAGCAGUGUAAGGACAUGCCCGCCGCCGUGAUCUUUUAUCUCACUUUGCAGUUCAUCAACCUGUUCCUGGGAAUGCCCGCUAACCUAAUGGUGCUGUGGCUCCUGCACAAGAACAAGGGGGACUCCUCCAGCUCUGACAUCUUCAUCCUCCACCUGGCCAUACUUGAUACCCUCUUCUGCCUCCUACCACCCCUGGAGCUGGCCAACAAACUCUUCCUCACCAUCAGCAGCACCUGGUACAUACUGCUGUUCUUCUACGGGGUGAAAGACUCUUCGCCGCUCUUCCUCUCCUGCAUCUGCUUGGACCGCUACAUGGCCGUCCUGCACCCAAUCACCUUCACCGAGCUGAAGGACCGAAACCACCGCUCGGUCUGCGCUGCUGUGGUGUGGCUGAUCACCCUGGUCUAUGCCGCGGCCAAAUGCGUGGGCAACAUCCCCAACUUUGAGAAGGCCUUCACCGUCAUGAUCCUGGCAGCUUUUACCAUCAUGCUCUUCUGUAAUGUGGCCAUCCUGAACGCGCUCCGCAAGUCAGGCCCUGGCCGUGAUGAGAUGCACCCCGUCAAGAAGAGGGCCUUCAAAAUGGUGCUCAUCAUCCAGGCCAUUGUAGUCUUCAACUACUUCCCACCUGUAGCGCUCUUCCCCUUUCAGGACUACUUUUCCCAAGAUGUGUUCCAAUGCUGCGUCAGAUUUGCAGCUUAUGGCUUCAUGGACAUCAGCAGCAGCAUUCAGCCCGUUCUCUACCUCUCCCGGGAGAAGAUUCCCAGCAUCCUUUAUUGCUGCUGUAAGGAUCGAGACCCAGGAAACUCCACUGAUACAUGCUGAACUUUUUGUCCAAUCUAUAUUUGUGCGCAUAUUUGCAGUUAUAUUUAGUUUUGUAGGAUUUUUUUCAUUUUCAAAUCAUGGAAUUGAGGCAGUUAUUUGUAAUGAAGCGCUAUCUAAUUUUUGAAAAUGACUGUGCAUCAUGUAUUCAGUCUAAAUAAAGUGACCUUAACUGGACCUGAAAAAGGCAACAUAAAUAUACUGAAACAUAUACAUCUGUCAAAUACACCAGCAUUAACUUGAUUGACAUUGUUUUUUUUUAUUUCUUUGAUGAAACAUGUAUCUAAAUAUAUGUGACAAUUGAGUUAUAUGUAAAUGUACAUAUAUAUAAUAGUUUGUCUACUGUAGCCAUCAUUUAUGCACUGACAUUUAUAGACAUAAUUACUGAUACUAUUGUUUUAGAUUUUUCUGCCCAAUUAUAUUUAAAAUAUCAUUAAAAGAACAACUACUUUGUAACUUCAGCUUCAUAUAUCUCCUGUUUUGAGUAACUUAAAGGGUAUAAAAGUAUAUUUAGAAAAGCAUAUUUAGAAUCAUGAAACAUAAUCAAGAUCAAUAAGGUAGUUUUACUGUUAAUAAUCACAAGGCUUUGCGCAACUCUACACUGCAUGGAUGAAUAUGUAAUAGACUGUUGUAUUUAGAUUACGGCAUUUUUAAUCAGUGAAUGGGAAUGAGGUACAGCAUGCUGACACACCCUUAGGAACAAUAUUAUGGGUAAAUAUGGGCCAAUUCAACAUACUUUUGUACCACAUUGUCA